AUGAAGCCCUGCGCGCCGUCCGCUGUCGCCACGAGGCCCUGCGCGCGCCUGUCUGGCCUGUGUGGCCUCGCCGCACUCGUCGCGGGUCUCGUCGCCAUCAGCUUCCUCGCGACCCACGCCAGCGCCGCUGAUGACCUGUGUGCGAACGAGGACUGCGGGGAAGGCACCUGCGCCGUUGAUGUAGACAAUGACAUACCCCUGUGCGUGUGCAAGGACGGUUUGGUAUUCGACGACGACCACAAGACGUGUGUCGUGGCCCCGUUGGUGCGGACGACAGUGGCGCUGCAGCAAGGAGGCUCGAGAAGCAUUGUGCCCGCCAGCUUCUUGGCACCACUGCCGGCAGAGCAAGCGAGUGGCAGCAGCGCGUGCGGCAACCUGUACGUCACCAUCGAAGGCAGCGCCAAGAUCACCGUCGUGUGGAAUGCCUCCAACCCCGCCCCGCCUGUUGAUGAAGCGCCCAGCAACGCCAUGUGCAAGAGCCUCUCGUUAUACGCCGAGUCGGGCUGCACGAAGAAGCUGCGCUUCACUAUCGCGCGACCUGCGAAGAAGGGCAGUUCCUACCCCGUCACGAUCAAGACUGUCAAGGGAAUCCGUUCGCUGCUAUCAGUUGGCUGCGAGAUCAGUAAGAGGGCCAACCGCAGUGCCAGUGCCCCGAGGGCCCUCGUGUUCAACGCAGCCAAGAAGCUCUGCCUCGACCCUUCUCGUGCUCCCCGUAGGCGACCCUAG